UUGUGAUCAUUUAAGGAAUUUUACAAAUAUUUUUUAACAAAAAAUCUUUAUUUGAUUAAAAAAAUAAGAAAAUUAAAAAACCUGAUAAAAUAAAGGUUUUAUAAAAUUUUAAAUUACAAAAAAUUAAAUAUAAAAGUAUAAAAAAGUGAAAAUUUUAAAAAAUCUUCAGAGAGUUUAAAAAAAUUCCUGCUAAACAAAUAACCAUUACUUGAAUAAUUUCAAAAUAUUCGGAAACAAAUAAAUUUGUAUAAAACAUAACAUCUAGCGUGUUGAAAAUAGAACGCUAAUUUGAACUAAUUGAUUUGAACAAUUGUGUUAAAAUUAAAUUAAAACUUAAUUUUAUUUCAAAUACAACAAAAAUGACAAAAAUAAUACAGUUAAAAUUGUCAACAAUAAUUUUGGCCGCUUUGAUUAGUUGCGUUCAUCCGGAAUCGGAAUUUACCUAUUUCGGGACUAUGGGACCUGAUCAUUGGAGCGAACACUAUAAUCAGUGUUCGGGUAAACAUCAAAGUCCUAUUAAUAUCAAUGAUGUUGAUGUGGUCAAUCGCACUUAUUCGAAAAUGUUGUUUAAGAAUUUUGCCCAAUUACCUGUGGAGGCAAUUGUUUUCAAUAAUGGUCAUACGGUUUUGGUGAAAUUGAAUUUUGAGGGAGAUAUACCCACCAUAUCAGAUGGACCUUUAGAGGGUAAAGGUACUUAUCAAUUUCAACAGUUACAUUUCCAUUGGGGCGAAGAUAAUUCGGUUGGUAGUGAGGAUCGCAUCAAUGAUGUAGCAUAUCCCAUGGAAUUGCAUGUAGUCUUUCGCAAUGCUAAAUAUGACAGCUUUGAGGAGGCCGUUAGAAAAGAUGAUGGCGUUCUGGUGUUGGCGGCAUUCUAUGAGAUUGGCAAUUACACCAACAUGGAGUAUGAUCAGUUCACUUCACAUUUAGAGCACAUCCAUGAGCCACAUACAAAUGUAACAUUAACACAACCCAUGGACUUGUUUAGUUUCUUAACAGACGAUUUGAGUAGAUAUUACUCAUAUAUAGGCUCAUUGACCACACCACCCUGCAGUGAAGAUGUUAUUUGGAUUGAUUUUAUAAAUCCCAUAGGUAUCUCCGAAGAAGUGAUUGAACGUUUCCGUUAUUUGAAAACAUUUGAUGGUUCCUCCUUAACCCACAAUUUCCGCCCAGUACAACCCUUAAACAAUCGCAAAGUUUACAGGGCGGUGCCUCAGCAAGAUGAAAGAAUGCCCGCCAAUUUAGCCAAUGACGCUUCAAGAACUUUAUUUAAAAUUUCUGUUGGCUGUUUAAGUAUUUUAAUAGCAUUUUUUAAUUUAAACUCACAUUUUCAUUAAUAUUAAUUUAUUUUAAGCCAUAUUUAGUAUAGUUUUUAUUUAGUAAAUAGUUAGAUAUUAAAUUAGUUGUAUAUUACGAGUAUUAAUUACAUCAAUAACAACACAGGUUUACAAAAUUAUUCAUAGUAUUUUAUAAGGUGCUGCAACAGCGAAUUUAUAUUAAUAUAGAAAACUAUUGAAAUAAAAAUAUCUAAGUUAAAUGCAGAAAAAAUUCAUAUUAGUUCCACCUAAAUUCAAUAUUUUACAAAUUAACUAGAUAGAUCAAAUUUAUUGAGUCACACAUUUUGAUCGGAAUAAUUUCAAUUCUGUUCGAUUUCAUUUUUGCUUCUUCUGAUUUCGUUUGAUUUGUUAAUUCCCAAAAAGAUUUAAUAUUUCUGUUUUUCUGAUUAUUUCCAAAAAAAACUAUCAGUUUUUAUUUUUUCUAAUGAUGUAAAAUACGCAAUUAAUUUCACUUUCGAUCGGAAUGGAAUACUGUGACAGGGGAAAUAAAAUUUAGAUUUGAUUUAAAUUGAAUUACUCAUUCAAAACCAGAGCUUCAAUUUGAGCUUUAUUUAUUAAAAUUUUAAUUCGGAAUUAAAAAAUGCUAACUAUUGCAUAAAUCCGUUGGGAAUGGAUUAGUUCUUUAGUUUCAUUCAAAGACUUUUAUUUAAAUAGAAUUCAGGAAUUAAUUCAAAACUUUGGAAUUAACUCGAUUUACAGAACAGAAUCUUAUUCAAGAAUU